AUAUUCCUUCAACCGGCAGAGGCAACAGUGUAAAAUCGCUAGCCUCGCCGGGUGCCUCAAUCGCUCGCUUACGGUAGUUCUCGUCGAUACUUGGCCACUCGCAAACGAAAUAUUCAUUACCAUAGCAAUAUUAAUCACAAAGAAACUCACUAUAAACUUAUUUUAAAAACACUUCAAAUAAAGCGUUUCUAUAUUUAUUUUCAACAAAAAUAAUUUUAAAAUACUAAUUUCAGUGCUAGAACUACUUAUGUUAUUAAGUUGCUUUUUUUUUUUCGUGUCUACUACUGUUUUUGGUGUUGUUUUUUUCCUAACUUUAUUAGAAUAAAUUAUUCAUAUUUUCUUACUGUUAGUAUCAGUGACAGUUUUUUUAUUUUUAUUUUUAUUUUAUUUAUUCUUCAUUAUUGUCACCAACAAUUUUUGUUUUUAUUUCUUCAGGAUUCAAGAACAGUAACAAGUAUCGAGUUGACAAUGCAGAAUAACGGAAUGGAAGGUGGAAAUGAGAUUAGUGUUGACAAAACUGGCUGGACGGUUGGUCUUAUAAAUGGCAAGUUCAAAUAUUUAACUGCAGAGACAUUUGGAUUCAAAGUAAAUGCAAAUGGUACAAGUCUGAAAAAGAAACAAUUAUGGAUACUUGAAGGUAGUGAACAUCAAGUUUUCCUUCGUUCUCAUCUUGACCGUUAUAUAGCGGUUGAUCAAUUUGGUAAUGUCACUUGCGUAGCCGAAGAACCAUCUGAUCUUGGAUGUGCUUUUCAAAUUCAGCUUGCAUCUGACGGAAGUGGCAGAUGGGCGUUAAAGAAUGUUCAACGUGGAUAUUUCUUAGGAUCAAGCCAAGAGGAAUUAAAGUGUACUGCCAAGGCACCUGGGGAUGCCGAAUAUUGGCUUGUUCAUCUUGCAGCGAGGCCCCAAAUAAAUUUUCGAUCAGCUGGUCGAAAACGUUUUGCUCAUUUGAGCGCACAACAAGAUGAGAUUCAUGUUGAUGCACCAGUGCCCUGGGGUGAGGAUACUCUUUUCACUCUUGAAUUUCGUCCAUCAGCAAAUUCUGAUGAUACAAUUGUCCAUGGUAAAUCUGGUGGUCAUUAUGCCCUUCAUACUUGCAACAACAAGUAUCUUGCACGUGAUGGUAAAUUACUCGAUAUUUGUACACGUGAAUGUCUCUAUGCUGCUGAAUUCCAUGCAGGAUUGCUUGCUUUGAGAGAUGUUCAUGGUGCUUACUUGGCACCGAUUGGUUCAAAAGCAGUUUUAAAAUCAAGAUCAACAACAGUCACAAGAGAUGAAUUAUUCUCUCUCGAAGAAUCUCUUCCACAGGCAUCAUUAGUUGCUGCAUUGAAUCAGCGUUAUGUCUCGGUGAAACAAGGUGUUGAUGUAACAGCUAAUCAAGACGAAAUAUCUGGUCAUGAAACAUUUCAACUUGAGUUCGAUCGUGUUACAAAACGUUGGUACAUUCGAACAAUGCAAGAUCGUUACUGGAGUCUUGAAGCUGGUGGUGGUAUACAAGCAUCUGAUCAUAAACGCAGUUCAAAUGCAUUAUUCGAUCUCGUUUGGCAGCAUAAUGAUGGGACUGUUGCAUUACGUGCAAAUAAUGGGAAAUUUUUAGCAACAAAACGAUCCGGACAUCUUUAUGCAAAUUUCGACCUACCAACUAGUGGAGACGGAGAUGCUUCUAAAUAUUAUUUCUAUUUGAUGAAUCGACCAAUUCUUGUGUUGCGAUGUGAACAAGGUUUCGUUGGACCUAAAAGUUCUGCCAGCCCAAAACUAGAAUGCAAUAAAGCUGGAUAUGAGACGAUUCGCGUUGAACGUUGUGAACGUGGAAUCGUUCGGUUUAAAGGACAAAACGGAAAAUACUGGCAUGCUGAUAGUGAAGGUGUAACUGUUGAUGCUGAUCAACCCUCUAUAGGGUUUUAUCUUGAACUACGUGAGCCAUCACGCAUCUGCAUUAAGUGCACAGAUGGGCGAUACUUGGCCGCUGGAAAAAAUGGAGCGAUUCGUCUUGGUGAAACUGACUACACAUCUGCCACCAAAUGGGAAUUUUAAAUGAAGAGGAAAAAAAACACUGCUCUAACUGUCCCACAAAAUUAAAUUCAAUAACGUCCUCAGCGGUGCCAAGUACUGAGCAAAACGAUUAGAUGUUACUAAUGAUUUUAAAAAAAUCAAAACUAAGCCAGUGAAGAAGAACUGAGAAUAAAAUUGAAUACAUUAUUUACAUUUUCAUGGCGAGCGUAUGCAAAUAAUUUGAAAUUAGGAAAAAAAAUUCCGAAAUAUUCAAUCCAUUCCAAUUUGAGUUUUUUCAACAAUUUUUAUACAAUUUUGUAUACUUAUAUAUAGAAACUUUGAAACAGGUUUUUUUAUUUAUGAGAAAAAUGAAUGAAUUUAUCCAUUAAAAAAAAAUAUUGCAUGCUUCAUAUAAUAAUAAAUAAUAAGAUAAAACAAAAAGAAAGAGUGAGAAUGUGUUUUUGCUUAUAUUACAAUAUUUUUGUAACCUGGGAUAUUCACAAAAAAGAAACACAUUUUAAAUUUUAAUAUCAAUUCAGGGCUUUUCAAUGUUAAUUAAGAUAUAUUUUCAGCUAUCAAACGAAAUUUUCUGAAAUUGUCACAGCAGAUAGUUUAUUAUUAAUACAGUUUUUUGUCAAUUCAAUUUUUUUAGAAAAAUUUGGCUUGUCCGCUUUCAAUAUAGGAAAUGUGCGGCAACAAAUAAUGCAAGUUCCUAGAUUCUAAUAAAUAUAAAUCUGAAAACCAAAUAAUUCUCUAUCUAGUAAAUGUUAUUCACAAAAUUUGAUGCAUUAUAUUUUUAAUAUUAUCUAUGCAACAAAUAUUUGAAAAAUAUCAGAAAGUAUUUAUAAGUUAUAUCUUUGAAUCGAUUAUUUUAAAAAUAAUUCAAAGUGGCUGAACAUAAAUUUUCAUAAGCACAAAUUAUAGAGGACAUUUUAUAGAAAGUCAUCAAUACAGCUCAUUUGUAAAAGAGAUUGUUAGCUAUAUAACAAUAAUUAGACUAUACAGUAUACAUAUUCUUUAUGCAGCAUAAAGUGUCUUACCCACUCAGUCUUUUCAGGUAAUAUCCCUCAGAUUUUUUGACUAAUAAACGUGCUGGUAUAGUUGAUCUCGGUACCAAAUUGUAUUGUACAACGUGAUAUCAUCUGAGACUGAGCCCACUUUGAGCACUUUGAAAUUAGAUACAACUGUGAGGUAGAGUAUUUAUAAUUUGCAUUUGAUACCGACGUGAACCUAGCAUACUUGGCAAUAUGAUUUUAAAUAAUUCAUCCUACGACAAUAUGCGAUGAAAAAAUUCUUGUGUUGCACGUAAUGAAUAACUCCAUCUAAUCUAGAAUAGAAAACUAAUCAAUUGUUAUAAAAAUUCAAGCGACAUACGAAAUAUGUCAUAAUAGUAAUACUAAUACUCGUGACAGGUUAUAAGGUAUGCGCAUGCGCACUCGCUCUUCCUUGGUUAUUAAUAUUCAGCUUUUUAUUAUUAUUUUAAUUAAUUAAUUACUAUUAGGCAAAUAACGAGGCAAUAAAAUUUGGAUCCAGCAAAUCAAACUACAAAUUAACGAUAAUAAAACUUGUGAUAAGUAAUCAGAAUUUUUGUUUCGGCUAACUUCCAUACUCAUUUUCAAUAAUUAAUGACAAUUGAACUAUUAUCAGGCAAAUUUUUUUAUUUCCAUAGCAAGUUCAGGCAAAUCGCCAGGUAUUAAAAAAAAUUUCCGAAGAUCAGGUAUUUCACACCCUUUCAGCUAAGUGACUACCACCCCCGUGGCCCUCGCGGUGAGAGACGUCGGAUUAUGUCAUUUCACCCUAUUCGUAUUCUUGUCCAAUUUUUGUCUAGUUUUGCCGAGUUUGGAAAUAUGGACUUAGAAAAAAAAAAAUAAAAAAAGGAACUUACUUUUGCCAAAUCGAACCACGCACACAAGGGGAAAUAAAGCCCCCUACUGCAACUACUUCUAGGCCGAUUUCAACUGAUAUUUUUGUCCUAUUUAAAAUUUCGAAUAGUUUUCAAGUAAUCGAUAUUUUUUUGAUCAUGUAUAAUAUUUUUCACUUAGCUGCUAGUUAUUUGACUUAGCCUUAAUAAUAGUCAAACAAGCAAUAUCUACCUUAUUUUGCCAGCCAAUUUUUUUACUUUUAGUCCAAAAAAAAAAAGAAUUGAAUAAGGCCCAAAUUAAA